CUUUUGCCUUGCAGAUUAGACUGGCAAGGAAAUGAACAUCCAAGAUCUUACGAAGAUUUGCACACUGGUGGAAUGAGAUCCGAUGUACAUGAAGAACCCAAGUUAUGUCAGUGAUUCUUUUUUUACCCCCUAGAAAAAUAAAUUCAAUUUUCUUACAGUACCACUGGCUGACAGUCUAUUAGACAGAAAGACUAUGAAGAUCUAAAUAAUAAUAUAUAGACAGUGUGGUUGCAGUACUGUAGUUUCACGAUUCCUGGUGUCAUUUGUAUUUGUAUUUUUUCAUUUAGCAGACGCUCCAGAACGACUUAACCUAUUCGGCUCGUGGAUUUGAAACAGCGACCAUUUCGGUUACUGGCCCAACGCACUUAACAGCUACCCAAAUAUAAAUAUACAAAUGUUGUGAUGGCUUGAUUGAAGAAAGAACAAAGCAUGCAUAAUGGUUUAACAAUGAAAGCUGGAUUAGUCAUUCUGCUCAUCAUCAACACUAUUUCUGAUCCCAUAGGUUGCAGCCAACGGACACAUUGCACCUGAUCAUUUGCUGCAGAUCUGUAAGAAGAUUGGGCCGAUUCUGGACAAAGAAGUGCCAUGUGUUCCAGGUGUACAUUCCCUACUGGGAACUGGGAUGCAGUCCUUACUCAGAACUUCAAAAGGUUACGGCAAUGUUCGGAGGAAAGGCUCAUCAUUUGCUGCCCUGCACAGAGGGAGACCACCAGAGAUGCCUUUGACCUGCAAGGAUCCUCCAAAUCUAGUGGAGGUGUACAGAGGAAGGGAACUAACAGGUACUCAACGGUUCAGCAAUGUGAACCCUGUGAGCAAUUAUCAGCACAUGCGGAUGCACAGGAGGAUUCUGGGUCAUCUGUCUGCAGUCUACUGCAUUGCUUUUGAUCGGACCGGUCUCAGGAUUUUCACCGGCUCGGACGACUGCUUGGUGAAGAUAUGGUCUUCGUUUGACGGGAGGCUUCACUCCACCCUGCGAGGACAUUCUGCUGAGAUCUCAGACCUGGCUGUCAGCUUUGAGAAUACCUUGAUGGCAGCUGGCAGCUGUGACAAAACCAUCCGAGUGUGGUGCCUUCGUACCUGUGCCCCUAUGGCUGUCCUACAGGGGCACAGUGGAUCCAUUACCUCCCUACAGUUCUCACCGUUUGCCAAGGGCUCAAAGAGAUACCUGGUGUCCACUGGAACUGAUGCAACAAUCUGCUUUUGGCAGUGGGAUGUCAAUAACAUCAAUUUCAGUGAUCGCCCGCAGAAGUUUACAGAGCGACCCAGGCCGGGAGUUCAGAUGGUGUGCUCAUCAUUCAGUCCAGGUGGUAUGUUCUUAGCGACGGGAAGUACUGACGAUGUCAUCAGAAUAUAUUACCUGGGAGGUGGGAACCCUGAAAAAAUAUCAGAGCUUCAUGAACACACGGACAAGGUCGACAGCAUCCAAUUUUGCCACUCAGGAGAAAGGUUUGCGAGUGGCAGUCGAGAUGGCACAGCACGCAUCUGGAGGCUGACUCAGCGUCAGCAGUGGAGGAGCCUUCUUCUCAACAUGAAUGCCACUCUACCAGGCUCAGAACACGCGACCUGUGAGGAAAGCUUUUUCAAGCCCAAGGUCACCAUGGUAGCGUGGGAUCGCCAUGACAACUCAGUAAUCACAGCGGUCAACAACCAUAUCCUCAAAGUGUGGAACUCCUAUACAGGCCAGCUGCUACAUAUCCUUAAAGGCCAUGAGGCUGAGGUGUUUGUCCUGGAGCCACACCCCUCAGAUCCCAGGAUCAUGCUUUCUGCUGGCCACGACGGAAACGUCUUCAUCUGGGACAUCGUCCGGGGCACAAAGACACAGCACUACUUCAACAUGAUUGAGGGCCAGGGUCAUGGUGCUGUCUUUGACUGCAAAUUCACUCCCGACGGCCAGCGCUUUGCCUGCACAGACUCCCACGGUCAUCUGGUCAUUUUCGGCUUUGGGAGCUCCAAGCCAUACGAGAAGCUUCCAGAUCAGGUGUUUUUCCACACCGACUAUCGGCCACUGAUCCGGGACGCCAACGGCUUUGUUUUGGAUGAGCAGACCCAGCAGGCACCCCACCUCAUGCCCCCUCCCUUCCUGGUGGAUGUGGAUGGGAACCCCCACCCCCCUAGAUACCAGCGGCUGGUCCCUGGGAGGGAGAACAUUGCAGACAAACACCUGGUGCCUCAGCUGGGAUAUGUUGCCACAAGUGAUGGCGAGGUGAUGGAGCAGGUGAUCAGUCAGCUGACCACAGACCACGAGGAGGCAACGGCCAGACGCAGCAUUCUGGACGACACCAUCAGGCAGCUGCAGGAGCAGCAGGACAGGCAGACCAGACCAGGGACACUGGCCCCAGCCCCCAGCACCCCACGCAGAGCAUCUGUGAAUGAGCGAGGUGCAGCUGAGGUGCAGUCGUCCCCUAACGUGGGUCUGCGGCGCAGUGGGCAGGUGGAGGGGGUGAGACAGAUGCACCAAAAUGCCCCUCGCAGCCAGAUGGCUACUGAGAGGGACCUGCAGGCCUGGAGACGCAGGGUGGUGGUACCUGAGCUCUCAUCCAGCAGUUACAGUUACCAGGAUGACUUCCGAAUUACAAAAGGAGAGGAGGAGAUUGCCUUAUACAAUGCAAAGAAACGACGUGUGACAUACGGCAGUUGUAGAGAUGAUUCUGAAGAUGAACUGCCUUGCAUCAAACGAGCACAGUCCCGCAAAAAGCAAAAAGUCUUUCAGCAGAGCAGAGAUGGCAUUGUGGAGGAAUUAAUCGAGUUCUCCUGUGAGGAGGGAGAGGGGACCACAACAUCAGAGGACCAUGAGAUGGAGGGCAGUGAACUGGAUUCAUCCAAUGAGGAAGAGGAAUGGAAAAGUGACAGUUCAAGCCACUCAUCCAGUGAGUACUCUGACUGGACUGCAGACGCUGGGAUUAACCUGCAGCCCUCCACUCCUGUGUCAUCACGGAAACGAGUUCGCCGCCAGCUUAGCAGCUCGGAGGAGGAAGAGAUUGAGGAGGAAGAGAAGCAGCAAAGUGAGGAUGAGGAACGACCACCUCAGACUAGCAAGCAGAAAUCCAAGAAGCCCAAGCGGCCUAAAGCCAGGCCGUCGAUCAACAGAGAAGUCUCCAACGAGUUCAGACCCUCAACGUGGAUCACUGAUGUCAUUCCCAGGAAGUCUCCCUUCGUUCCCCAGAUGGGUGAUGAGGUAAUAUAUUUCCGCCAGGGUCACGAGGCGUAUGUGGAGGCGGUGAACAGGAACAACCUGUACCCCAUUAACAUGGAGAAACAGCCCUGGAGGAAGAUGGAGCUGAGGGACCAAGAAUUUGUUAAAAUAACUGGGAUCAAGUAUGAGGUGUGCCCUCCUACACUCUGCUGCCUGAAACUGACGCUCAUUGACCACGGCACGCGCAAAAUCACAGACAAAUCAUUUUAUGUCAAGUAUCAUGACAUGCCAGAUGUGAUUGACUUCCUUGUGCUUCGGCAGAGUUAUGACGAAGCAUGCAGUAGAGUCUGGCAGCCAAAUGACAGAUUCCGGUCCGUAAUAGAUGAUGCCUGGUGGUUUGGGAUUAUUGUUUGUCAGGAGCCAUAUCAGCCUGAAUAUCCAGACAGUCAUUUCCAGUGCUUCAAAGUCCGAUGGGACAAUGGCGAAACGGAGAAGCUUAGUCCUUGGGAUGUGGAAGCUAUUCCAGAGGAUGCCCAGCAACCUGAGUGUGUAGGUGGAGGGGUUCCAGUGACAGCAGAGGAGAUGAGAGAGGUCAUGUAUAAACCCCAGACAGGAGAAUGGGGUGAGAGGAGCAGAGAUGACGAGUGUGGACGCAUCAUAGCAGGCAUUGACCAACUCAUCACUGUCGAUAUUGUAGCCCCAUUCUCUGGCCCGGUGGACAUAGUUCAAUACCCAACUUACUGCACGGUGAUAGCCUUCCCCACAGACCUGAGCACCAUCAGACUGAGACUGUUGAGUAGGUUCUACAGGCGACUGUCCGCUGUAGUUUGGGAUGCCAGAUACAUCGUGCACAAUGCCCGGACCUUCAAUGAGCCAAGGAGCAAGAUAGCCCAUUCAGCAAAACUUAUCACAGAUGUCCUGCUAAAGUUUAUCAAUCGACCUAGCUGUACAGAUAUCAUGGAGAUCUACAAUGCAAUUGAAGACAUGGACUACACGGAUGAUGAGGACCUGGAAGAGACACCAGGCACCUCCUCUGGACACAGACUGUGCCAGCGCUCUUCGGAGACUGUACCUGACCCAGACUCCUGGAAGGGGCAGUGCAAACGCCUGAUGAACUAUGUCUUUGAGUGUGAGGACUCUGAGCCCUUCAGAAAGCCUGUGGAUCCUACCUCCUACCCAGACUACCUUAACAUCAUUGACACUCCCAUGGACUUUGAAAUGGUGAAGGGGACCCUUGAGGAGGACCGUUAUGAAAACCCCAUGGAGCUCUGCAAAGACACACUUCUGAUAUUUGCCAAUGCUAAAGCCUUCACGCCAAACAAACGCUCAAAGAUCUACAGUAUGACUUUGCGGCUCUCUGCAUUCUUCGAAGAGCGAAUCAGAACAAUCAUAUCGCAAUACAAAACUGCCGUCAAGAGCAGCGAGAAGCUCCGCCGCAGCCAGAGGUUCCGAAAGAAGCUUCAGCACCACGAGUCUGCUGCACCCAGCACUGACACCACAAGUCAAAAGAGGACCGCUCUAAAAACUCAGGAAAAGGUGGAAACGGUGUCGACGACCAAAUCUACCUCAGCCAAAGUGUCUGCUCCUGAGAGAACCAGGAGAAGGAACCAAAGCAGUGACGGCUCAGGCCACAGCUCUUCUGAAGUUUCCUCAAGGUCAGACUCUGAGGUUUACAGUGAGUUAUAUAUGAGUGACUCUGAAGAAGAGAAACGCCCGAGGUCCUCACAGCACCAUCACAGCACAGAGACCAGGGGAACCAGAAGAGUCACCAGGAACAAUGGGGCAAAGAAGAAAAUUGCUGAGAGCGAGAGUGAGUCCUCCAAUGAGCGGGAGGAGAGUGAGGACGGUGAGAAGUUGUCCAACUCAAUGUCUCACCGAUUCCCCAGCAGGUCCAGCACCAGGCUAACCAGGAACAAUGCUGUUACCCAUAGGAAGCAUACCAAACGGCCAGAGAGGGGUUCCCAGAUGAACGGUCAUAGCAGAACAUUUGGGCGAGAGAGGCGACGAGGGAACGACUCUGAGAGAUCACCAUCCCAGGGUACAGACACUUACCGGGAUGAGGAGGAGAAUGUGGGCCGCAGGACAUUGAAAAGGAAGACUGCCAGGGCAGCUGUUAACAAGAUGAAGCUUCUGGAAGCCUCUGAGGAAGACUAUGGUUCAUCCUCUGAGGAUGAGGACAAACAUAGGCGGAAAAGCAGCCGCCAUGCGACCCGAGUCAGCAAACGCACUGCCGUGAUCCAGAGCAGCUCUGAAUCCGAGGAUCAGUCAUCAGCCUCUGGAUCCGAGGAUCCGUCAUCAGCACAGAGUUCUAAAAAAGGCAAGGAUUCAUCGGGUGAUUGGGAGAACAAUGAGGACAGUAUUGAGAGUGAAGCUUCAUCCUCUCGUUGCCAUCAGAAUGGAGAGAGUAAGAACUCCAGCAGCCGCAGGACGACCAGACAAGCUGCAGUGACGGGGGGUAAGGGUGAUUUGUCUCAUGUAAAUGGCUACAGCACAAAACAUCAACUGGCUGAUAGUAACUCUGAGAAAGAGGAUGAGGAGAGCUCUGAUGGUGAAGGGGAGGAGGAAGAAACUAUUGUGUCUCAGAAGUCCUCCAGAAGCACCGCAACUGCUGCAGUGAGCAAAAGUAGAACUUGCAUUACCAGUUAUGUGGCAGAAGAGAAGUCUGUCUCCAGAAAGAGACCACACACAACACGAUACCACAAUGCUCAAAAGCACCCUCACAAAAACGGGAGGAGGGUGGAGAAAGAACAUCCUAAAGACUCUGAGAAAAAUUGUAAAUUACCAUCAAAAAGCCAAGAGCAAACAUCUGCCUCAACCCACAAACAGGAUGGCCCUGAAUCAGAGGAACUCAGUGACACUCCAAAGAGCUCAAGCUCUCGCAAGAAAAUACUGAAAUCUGAAGAGGAAGAUGGGGAGGAAGACGAAGCAGACAGCAACCAUUCAUACGAUGAAUCUGAGGAAGAAUCCAAUAAUAAAACUCCAUUGCGAAACAAAAGGCAGAGUCGCAAUGACUCUGCUUCAGAGAGCGAGGAGGAAGUUGUACCCAACAGGAGAGCAAGGAGGAAACUGCAUACUUCCUCAGAGGAAGAAUCUGAUGGGAAGGAGAAGCAUAGCCCUAGCAUGCGGCCUUGCCUUCGAGCCCAACCAAAAAAGAAAUAUAUCAAUGAAGACUCUGAGGAUGACUUGAACUCUGAGAUGCAAGGCAGUUGUAAGAAUGGGAAGAGCAAAACUGUUUCACAUAAAGGAUAUCAACGCAACCGAAGAAAAGCCUCCCCAGCUGCUACAAAACGACAGUCCUCCUCCAAGAGAAAACGCAUUUACACCUCAGACUCCUCAGAGAACCCUGAUGAAAAGAAACGGUGCAUGCGCAAGGCUAAAGCUAAGAGCUACUGUGACAAGGACGAGAGGGAGGCAAAAAGAUCCAACUCAAAACAUCCCAAGAAGGAAUCUCGAUCCAAUUCAGAACCCGAGGACUGUAAUAGUCAGGAAGAUGCCUCUUCCCAAGGGUCAGAGGAUGAGGAGGUUGAGUGUCCAAGAUGGAAGAGACGUUUGGAGCGACAGAAACGCAAGCGAAAAGUAAGCUGCAGCAGCAGUGCCCACAGUUCUGCCUCUGAAAGCGAAGAGGAGGAAGAGUCCUCUGCCUCUGAGAAGUCCUCUGCUAGCUCAGGGUCCCAGAACAGUACAAAGAGAAAAAGCCACAAGAGGUCAAGGGUCAGCGAAAAGGGUGCUGUCCGCCACUCUCGACAACGCAGGAGGGAUGCAUCUGAGGCAGACCCCGACCAGUCGUACAAGGAACUCCAGAGUGGAACACGUAUCAAGACCCGAAACCGUGGCAAACGGACGGUGACAUAUCACGACAGCGAAUGAAGGACUUGGCGCAGCAGGCUUAGCCAGAGCGAGACUUAACUGGAGAUCUUGAAGACACUUGAUCGCCACAUUAAGGUAGUAGCACUGGAGCCCUUUCAAAAGGAAAUGCUGUGAAUCUGUUUCAUUCAGGGAUAUUUAUAUUUUCUAUGAAAAAAAUAAUAAUAAUAAAUGGAGAAAAAAAAAGGUAAAAAAUGUAUGAAUGCAAGCAUUUGAACAGCUGGUUUUCACGCACGUGUGUGUGUGUGUGUGUGUGUGUGUGUGUGUGUGUGUGUGUGUGUGUGUAUAGAGCAAACCACCUCCCAUUCUGCUUUUGUGAUUUGGCCAGCUAAAUAACCGUUUGGGGGAGCAUUGUCAGUUUGGGUGCUAUCUUAAUAUACCUCUGUUUAAUCAAGCAUAUUUUGCUGGUUUGCACUAAGAAACACACUGUAAAGAGGUAUUUCAUACACUAGUUUUGCAUUAGGAACUCAGGGGUCAACUAAGUUUACCGUAGUCUCAGAAAUGCAGUCUUGGGAGUUAGAGUAGGUAGGGAUAAACAUUUCCAGGAUGGCGGAUUCAGUCCAAGCACACUCGCUGAGACAACUAAUCUUCUUCACCCUCCUUUUGACUUCAACACUCCUUUUGUAAAUCCACACGAAUUAUCCUUUAAUGUAUUGUGUGGUGACUUGUUGAUAUGAGCCAAAAUGUACAAAUUUGAAUUCCUAGUUUUCCUCCGUUUUUGUCUUCAUUUUUUCAUUGUUUAUUUUGCAAUAUUUCGUUGUGUAUUCUAGUCAUUGAUUGAGGUGUAAAUAUGAGAUUGAGUGAUGUGGUUUGGGGAUCACUCUGUAGCAAACCAUUGCUUAUUUACAUUUGAGUAUUCAUUUUCCUUUUGUAUGACAUUACAAUGCAUUGUCUUGCCACAUGUCACAAAUUGGUACCCUUUUGCCAAGUACAGGAAACCAAAAAGUACUUAUUGCAAAAUACUGUGAUUUCUCAUAUUGGGAAGACAUUCUAGUGUUGUUCUUUAUUAUGUACGCUCAGUAUUAAAUUCCUUUUCUGAGA